CACACACAACACACACUCACUCCCUCACUCUACUGCCAUUACUGAGUCUGCUGAGUUGAGUGAUUCAUCGGCGACUUCCAAACCCUAGCUGCUGUGGUUUCGAGAUAGAGACAACUCUCGGCCGGCGAAUCAUCUCUGAGCUGUUCGAAUUCAAAUGCGAAGAUUGCUAAUUUCUGGGACAAGAGUAUGAGAACUGAAGCUCAGAUAUUUGGAUCUUUUAAAUUUGUAUCUGGAGACAAUGCAGGUCUGAGAGAAGGUAUUCAUCAUUGAUGCUUUGCACCACUUUAUAAGGCGUGCAAAUAUGAGUCAGGAAAAUAAGCGUUCAAAUUUUGAAGAGCCAGCAAUGCGCAUUACUCGUGCACGGGCUAAGGCCUUGGGCCAGUCUGGAGGACUGCCGCCACUUUACCCUUCUUCCAAACCUAAUGAUAAACGAGUCCUUCGUCCAAACUUCAAAAGAACUGCACCUGAUGAAAACAAACCUGUUACUACUGCUGCUGCUUGUCAUCAGCAUAAGAAAAGGGCUGUACUUAAUGAUGUAACUAAUAUAAUCUGCAAAAAUUCUUACAGAAGGUGCAUCAGUUCACCCAAGCUACAGGAGAAAAAGCACUCUAUCAAGAGAAAUGCAAAGGUGGUACCUGCUGCUCGUGGAGAAAAACCUGAGAAUAAAGAGGAGAAGAUUGAGAACUUAACUUGCGAAAUGAAAAUAAAGGCAGAGGAAAAAAUUAACCUGUCAGAAAAUAUCAGAGUGUGCAUGGGUAUUAAAUCAAAUGAAGCCAUCGGCAUAAGAGGCUGUCUUGUAGCAAAUCUUGCACCUAUAAAGCAGAACCACAGCAAGGAUGAUGAGCCCCAGAAUCAGCCAAAGAGAGAAAAAAUUGAGCCUGGCCUGAAACAUGAAGGUUCAGAUGAUCAAGGAAUUACUGAUAUUGAUGCAAAACAUAAAGAUCCCCUGAUGUGCAGCCUCUACGCACCUGACAUUUACAGAAUUAUGACUGCUAUGGAGCUUGGCCGGAGGCCUUCAGUUGUUUACAUGGAAAAGUUGCAGAGAGAUAUUACGCAGGGUAUGCGUGGUAUUCUGAUUGAUUGGCUUGUGGAGGUUUCUGAAGAGUACAGGCUUGUUCCGGACACCCUUUACCUGACUGUAAAUCUCAUUGAUCGUUUUCUCAGUGGAAAUUACAUUGAGAAACAAAAGCUGCAACUGCUUGGAGUUACCUGCAUGCUAAUUGCUUCGAAGUAUGAAGAAAUUUGUGCUCCUCGUGUGGAAGAGUUUUGCUUCAUCACAGACAACACCUAUGGAAAAGAUGAGGUGGUAAAGAUGGAAAGCAGAGUUUUGAACUUUUUGGGGUUUCAGUUGUCGCUUCCUACCACGAAGAAGUUCCUUAGGAGGUUCAUCCAAGCAGCACAAGCUUCUUAUGAGGUUCCUUCUGUCGAACUGGAGUUUUUAGCAAAUUAUUUAGCAGAACUAACUCUUCUUGAGUACAGUUUCGUGAAGCUUCUUCCAUCACUUACUGCUGCAUCUGCUGUAUUUUUGGCCAGAUGGACACUUGAUCAGUCAGACCACCCAUGGAAUCCAACUCUGGAAUAUUAUACUAGUUAUAAGGUGCAGGAGCUGAAAACAACAGUUCUUGCAUUGCAAGAUUUACAACUAAAUAAAAGUGGUUGCCCCCUUAAUGCCAUACGUGAAAAGUACAGGCAGACAAAGUUCAAGUCCGUGGCAACUCUAUCAUCUUUGAAACCAGUUCAACCACUGUUCGAGCAACAUCUCGGUAUAUGAUCAGCAUUCAUCCUAACUGAUCCUGGCAUUCUGCUAAUUUAAGAUGCUUUCGCCUCAACUAGUCGAUCAAGCAGUAUUACCCUUCACAGCAGCACAUUCUUUAUUUUAUCCUGUUGCAAUCAAUUACCAUUGUUGUAUCAUUGUGACUAGUUCUCCUACUACCAGACUGUUUAUAGCAUCCAACUAUAAAAGGUAAGAGUGGUUUUGAGACUGUAAUUUAUAAACUAUUUAAGGUUGCUAGGCAUCUUUCAAUAACCUGCAAGAAGUAACCUAACAGCAGCAGCUAACUACUCGCUGGCUUGCAAGAUGUAUCUAUGUGACUUUCCUAUGUGUAUGAGAGCUAUAAAACAUGGG